GUCUUCUCUCUGGCGCGAAUAAGUAAAUUUUCACACGUGUGCGAUUGAUGUGAUUUCUCUUUAAUUGUUAACGUUGUAUCUAUCCGAGAUGCCUGUUUAUCCUGAAAAUAUGCUCGAGGAAAUGGAAGAACCAAUGGAAGGUGUCGCAAAUGAAGACGAGAGCAGCGAGAACAGCGAUGAUGAAUCCAUGCAAGACGGAGACGAGAAUCAAAAGGAAACUGAAUCGAAGGUGUACCUUCCAGGACAGGCUUUGGAAGAAGGAGAGGAACUUGCUGUUGAUAAAUCGGCAUACAGAUUAUUGCAUCACGCGCAGUCUGGUGCACCAUGUCUCAGUUUCGACAUAAUACCAGAUGAUUUAGGUAACUGCAGGGAGAGCUAUCCUUUGACCAUGUACAUAGUUGCUGGGACACAAGCUGCCAAGACACACAUCAAUAAUCUCCUUGUCAUGAAAAUGUCCAAUUUAUAUGGCACUAGACAACACUCUGAAGAUUCAGAAAGUGAGUCAAGCGACUCGGAAGAUGAGAAUGAUGAAUAUAAGCCAAUUAUGAAUGUUGCACCUAUAAAACACCAGGGAUGUGUUAACAGAGUGAGAUGUACAAAACUUGGUGAAACAAUACUAGCUGCUAGUUGGAGUGAACUGGGGCGUGUAAAUAUUUGGAACUUGCAAGAACAGUUAAGUGCAGUUGAAAAUCCCAGCUUAUUAACUGCAUAUCGCAAUAAGUGUGACAAAGCAAGUGGAGAUAUUAAGCCAUUAUACACAUUCAAAGGCCAUCUCUCUGAAGGAUUCGGCCUCGAUUGGUGCUGUACAGAACCGGGCACUUUAGCGUCUGGUGAUUGCAAAGGUAACAUUCACAUAUGGCGAAUUGACAGUAGUGGUACAUCUUGGCAUGUAGACCAAAGACCAUACAAUUCGCAUGCCCCACAUAGUGUGGAAGAUUUACAAUGGUCGCCAAAUGAAAAAAAUGUUCUAGCAUCAUGUUCAGUAGAUAAAAGCAUAAAAAUUUGGGACACUCGAGCGAGUCCACAGAAUGCAUGCAUGUUAACAGCGUCCGGCACUCACACAGCAGAUAUCAAUGUUAUUUCGUGGAAUCCGAAAGAGAGUCAGUUUAUAAUAUCAGGUGGAGAUGACGGGUUGCUUUGUGUAUGGGAUUUACGACAAUUCGGAGCUAAUGGCACAAGUCCAGUUGCUACUUUCAAGCAACAUACCGCUCCAGUUACCACUGUGGAGUGGCAUCCAACAGAAACCACGGUGUUCGCUUCCGGCGGAGCCGACGAUGUAAUCGCUCAAUGGGAUUUGUCAGUGGAAGUAGAUCGUACAGAGGAAUCACAGAACAGUGAGCUGGCCAAGUUGCCGCCGCAAUUGUUAUUUAUACAUCAAGGUCAGUCAGAUGUCAAAGAAUUACAUUGGCAUUCGCAAUGUCCAGGAACUAUGAUAUCAACUGCGCAUUCAGGUUUUAAUAUAUUCCGUACAAUUAGCAUUUAAUAAUGAAUAUCUUUUUACAAUAAAAGAUUUAAAUAAAUAAAUAAUAAAAUAUUUAUAUAAAAAAUU